CUGAGAGAGGAAGAGGAGACACGAUGUUUGAGGCUCAGGUGGAGGACUGUCUGCUCCGGGGAGACUCGCCUCGCCUGGUUUCCCUGCUCCACUAUGAAGGACUGACCGGCAGCACCCUCAUCCGGCUGGACCAGCUGGUUACCAAGGAGCUGCGUAGAUCUGGGUUCAGCAGAGUGCUGAUUGUGUUGAAGUCUUUGGAGAUUCUGUCGGAGAACAAAGAUGACCUGCAGACGCUCGUCAGCCACGGCCUGACUGCCAAAGUGUUGCUGUGGUUCGAAGCGGUCUGUGAUCUGCUGAUGUCUGACCUCCAGAGAAGCUCCGCCCCCCUGCUCAAUCUUGCUGAAGGGUUUUUUGACUACUUCCUGCUGCUGGGUCAGGCUUCUCUUCCAGCCAGUCAGCUGUCGGUGGUUCUUUUGCAGUUGCUUCAGCUCACUCUGCAAACAGAGAUUCACUUCCCACUGAGACUCGAGGCCAUCCGAACCUUCAACAGCGUGCUGGAGGUGCUGAGCCGGGAACAGAGGCGACUCAUCCAGAAUGACCACAAUCACAGCCAAAUACUACCCCAGGUGGCUGCAGCGGUGCUGACCGUUGGAGACUACGAGCUGCAGGUCAGCCUAUCAGAGGCUCUGUGUCGCACGACCCCACGCAGAGCCCGCCAGCACAAAGCCAAUCAGUGGUUCUCCAGCCGUGACAUCAGCGAUGCCUUCUGUGACAUCAGAGAUGCUGACUUUGAGUUGGACUGCAGGCGAUUCCUCAACUUCCUCAACUGUUACCAUGGAGACCAGAGAAGAGUCUUUACCUUUCCCUGCCUGCGAGCCUUUCUCAGUUCCACACAGCUGUUUAGUCCUAAAGACGAGAAGCUCGAUGAGUUCUGGAUUGAUUUUAACGUGGGCUCAGGAAGUGUGAGCUUCUUCAUCGACGAGCCUCAGGGUUUCCUGUGGGGAUCCAUCCACGUGCUGAAGGAGGAGGUGGAUCAUUACACUCUGCAGGUCAAACAGAACGGUCAGAACUUUAACGCUGAAGUUCAUGAUGCUGUGGUGUCUGCUGUGAAGCUUUUACUCGUGUUGUCAUGUCACAUUAUUUAA